AGGGAGUGACAUUUGAGCUAAAUGGCAAGGAGCCAGCCAUGGGAAUAUCUGGAGACAGAGCAUUCCAGGAGGGACCAGCCAGUGCAAAGACCCUGCAGUAGGAACGAGCUUGCUGUGUUUGAGGAAUCAUCAAGGAGGCCAGUGUAAUAUAGUAGAGUGAUGGAUUUGGGAUGUUUUAGGAGGUAGAGCCCACUGUCUUGCUUUGUCCCAUUUGGGAAGGAGGGGCACAGGGGUCCAACAGCAGAGGGGCAAAGGGUGGGCCUUAAGCUGGACCACUUCCUUCAAGGGCAAGGGGUGCCAUGCACCCUCACACAACUUCUAUACACUUGUGAAGGGAGAAGGAUCAAGACUGCAUUGUGCCAAGUACUUCAGACACAUGGUUAUAUUUCCAUUCUCACAUGUAUUGUGCUGGGGAGGAACCAUUUGGUCCUGUUUUACAGUUGAGAAAACAGGUCAGAAAUGGAGCAAUCUUUUAUUCAAGGUUGUAAGCUUAGUAUUGUAAAUGCCAGCCUUCAAUUUGGGUCCACUCAUUGACCAGCAUGGAUGCCUACGUGUAUGGGGGGCCUGCCCCCUUUCACGGCUCCCAAAGCCCUCAUGGCACUCGGCUCCGGUUGUCCAUCACCCCCAAUCCCCCAAUCCCUGGAGCCAACAGGUCACAGUGGUGGAUGCUUGUCCCACAUUUGCUUGGAAGAGAUGACCCAGCUGAGUGGGGUCUUUAGGAAUGGAGAUACACAGGGUCCCACGCAAAGCUGCUGUGUGAGGCAUUGCUGGAGGUAUGCCUGAGGUGGCUUGUCUGGAGGAAGACGAGGCCUGUGUGUAUGUGGGGGUGGCAGGGUUCCCUGGGCACACACACUAGUGAAGGUGCACUCUUGCCUAGGUUCCAUCACCAGGUAGAUAGUCCAGGCUGGCCCAUGUGGGUCACUCCUCCCCUUCCCAUGGCUGAGAGCUGUCUCCUCUAAAUAUAGCCCAGUGGGCUGAGCUCAGGCCUAUUUUAGGCCCAGGCUAGGAGGUGGCCAGGCCUUCCCUAGGCUCUCAGAAGAGCCACUGCUGCCUCCAUCCUGUCCUGCUACUGGACGCUCGCUAUCAUCAGCCCCCUGACUGCCCACCACCCGCUAUGCCUGAGGAGACCAGAGAAGACACUAUGGCACCAACGAUGAGCUCCAGGAGCAGGGCACCACUGGCCUCCAAUCACGUGCAGGAGGUGUGCCUGCACCGCGUGGAGUCCAUCAGCGACCUACAUAGUGGAGGUUCGCUGCGCCCCUACCUAGCUGAGGAGGCACAGCCAUGGGAUGAGCUGCUGAGCAUCUUGCCACCAUCGCUGUGUGCCCAGGCCAGCUGCAGCCCUGUGCACUGCCGUGGGGGCUUCCUGCUGCUGCUGGCACUGCUGGUGCUCACCUGCCUGGCGCUUGCUGUCCUGGCUGUCUACCUGAGCGUGCUGCAGAGUGAAUCCCUACGUAUGCUGGCGCACACACUGCAUACACAGGAGGAGAUGCUACUCAAACUCCGGCUCGCCAGCCUCAGCCAGCUGCGGAGGCUCAACUCCAGUGAGGCCCGGGCACCCAGUUGAGAUGCCGCUUGGACCUGGGGCCUGGGGGUGUGUGUAGGGGGGAAUAAAGUGGCCAUUGGCAGGUUUCUCCUCUCCCACUGCUGAUCUACACUACUUCCUUGGUGAGGUUUUUGUACAAGAGCCUGAUCUGACCCCAUAGCUGCCUGCCCACCUCUCCUGACUUCUUCAGGCCAGGCCUAGCCAAGCCUUCUGGUGCCAAGGCCCUGCUUUGGGUGGCCCAAGGUCAGAGGAAGCAACACCAGCCUCUUUGGCUCCUCCUGUGGCCUGUCAGCACCCUGUGGCCUCCCCCGGAUAGCAGGUUCAGAAGUCUAGAAAUAGCUGCCCCCACCCAGUCACCCAGUCACUCUGCCAGGCCUCCCAGUGGGGGUCCAGCUUCAGCUGUCAAAAGACAGGCUGGGCUCUGAGUAUGGGGAGAAGGCCCACCUGGGGAGAGAAUGUCUUGGGAGGGCAGAAGUGAGAUAGAGAGGGGGGGACCUAGCUGGACCCAAGUCUGUGGUGGUGGAUGGGGAGGGAUGGCAGGCAGAAACACCUAGGAGCCAGGGCCACAGAGGGCUGAGCAUUCAGUUUAAUUAUCUCUAAUAAUCUUUAAAAGUCAGCACAUAAAUCCAUUCCAGGUAGCCUUACCUCCCCACCUGAUGAGGUGGCAUCUGUCCAGAUGCCAUUCCACCCCCACCCCAAGGAAGGGGAGCAAGGCCUGAGAAAGGAGAGAAAGGAAGGGAUAGGCCUCCUA